AUGUUCCCAACCACCUCGAUGACCUGCCAAAGCUGCUCCCCGCGAUUAAUCGUGCGGACCACCCUAGUCACCUCCCAUAUCUCCUCCGCGCUGAGGCUUUUUAAGAUCCUGGUUUUCGAUUCCACCGGUAUCGCCUCAAAGACCUCCGCCGCCAGCUCCGCUGCCGACUUGCUCCCCAGCAGGCGCUCCGGCUGCACCAACGACUUAGGGUUGCGGGUGUCGUCCACCCAUUUCAUGAGUCUCGGGCUAUGGGGAAUGCUAUCACCACAGCCGCAAUCGCCUUCCAGCGCUCACUCCCGCCUCACGCUUUCAGCAAGGCUUCGUGCGCGAAGAAUGAGGCGUAGCCGAGGGACACAAAAGCAUGGCAGAGCCGGCGAAUCUCCUCCCAUAUCGUGGCCGGGGGCGGUUCGCCGCCAAGCCCGACAUCCUCUCGAAGUCAUGGAGCAACACCUCAGCCAUGUCCAUCUGAGCCUGCCUCUUCAGCAAAAGAGUAGUAACGUCCGCAUACCCCAGUCGAACGCCUUCCGGAAGUCAACCAUGAGGAGAAGCCAAUCCUCCUGCCCCGAGUUCGCCGCGUCAAUCGCAUCCGCCGCAAUCGCAACCGCGCUUGCCAGGCUCCUUCCAGACGCCAUUUCUGCCAGCGCGCGCUUGACCUCCGCUUCCUCCCAAGAUGCGCUCAACAUUGCCGCAUCCUCCGGAGAGAAGCAUCUAUCCAUCCUAAAGUCCGGCGGCAAGACCCUCGGCUCGGUCCGCAAUGCGAAAAGCUCGGCCCUCGUCUUCGCCUUCCUCGCCUUGAUCUUUCCUGACAGGAAACCGCCCGACCUUCAGGGAGUUCGUCAGGGCUUCCAGAUCUCCGCCUCUUUCCUCGUGCCUCCGCACUAUCAGCGAAACCCGCUUCUGCACUCCAGAGCGCGACACUUGCGAGGCCGGGAGUCUCCACAAACCCGGUCCCGCCUCUCCAUCUCCACUCGCACUGAGCUUCAUGUGAACCGCGGACCAAUGGUCCGUGAACCUCUUGACAAGACCCACAUGCCGGACCUCAUGGAUCGAGUGCAGGAGCGACUGCGACACCAGUAUGCGGUCAAUUCGUGUACUCUCCUGCACUGUCGCUGCAAAAAGGGUAUAUUCCCUCAGGUCUCCCGCCAGCACCAGAUUGCUUCCGCUCGGGAUCGCCGCGACAAACGGCUGAAGCACAUCCCUGAAGAACGCCCCCCUCGCCAGCUAUCUUUGACCAGGCUCUGCUUUGCUUUGCUCGCACGAGUUGCCACUCCCGCUGCUCCCACCGCAGAUGCAUGGCGGAAGGAGCCGAUGUGCGUGCUCACCUGCUCGAAAGUCUCCCCAUGA